AUGGCAAUUUCGGCAUUGUCGACAUGGCCCUUAAUUUUGUUCGGGGUCCUUGAGCCUGCCGCAUUAAUAUACGCUUAUAUCACGGUCAUCGCCGAUCCAUUCCGCUUCUUCGCUGAUCAAGUCCCCCAUCACUCUCUUACACAAGCGGAUUUCAGCCCUCAAGCGUUGUCCAUGACAAUGCAGAUCGUGAACAUCUUCCUGCUCUUGGCUGCGAUAGGUAUCAUAUGCUGCUGGACCACGCAUGUCUCCAUCGUUCGUUGGUAUCUCAUUGCAGUCGCACUCGGGGAUCUGGGCCAUAUCUACGCUACUGCUGUUGGAAUGGGUCCGGCAGCUUUCUGGGAUGUGAAUGGAUGGAAUCAUAUCGUUUGGGGCAAUGUCGGUGCGAGCAUCUUCUUGCAUGUGAACCGACUGGCGACUUUAUUGGGCCUUUUUGGACCAUUGAGGGACGUUCCCACCACAUUGAAGCAAAAGAAAUGA